AUGGCUGUCACCACGGAACAGCCCUUCUGGGGUACUCACUUUACUUCCGCUAAAAUACUAUUCUAUUCCCUUUUCUGGAGUGUACAUAUUGCUCUCUUCGCCGCCGGAUGGCACAUUCAAGCGUCAGACUCGAGGCUAUCUGCUCUCAACACAUUACAGUACUCUGUCUGGAUAUCGAGAGGCUCAGCUCUCGUGCUCUCACUCGAUGCAACGCUGAUAAUGCUGCCCAUGUGUCGGAACAUCCUGAAACACAUUAGGCCUCGAAUUCGAUGGAUGCCGCUUGACGAAACAAUAUGGUUCCAUCGGCAAGUGGCGUAUGCCAUGUUGUUGUUCACUGUUAUCCAUGUUGCGGCUCACUAUGUCAACUUCUUCCACGUCGAGAAACAUCAGAUUCGACCUGAAUCGGCAGUCGAGAUCCAUUUCACCCAAGCAGGGGGAAUAACCGGCCAUGUCAUGCUGAUAUGCAUGAUGCUAAUGUAUACGACUGCGCAUCAUAAGAUUCGGCAACAGUCCUUCGAAACAUUCUGGUAUAUGCAUCACCUAUUCGUUCCGUUCCUGCUCGCUCUAUAUACGCAUGCCACUGGUUGUUUCGUACGGGAUACAACAAACCCAAUAUCGCCAUUCGCAGGUCAAAAGUUCUGGAACCACUGUCUAGGUUAUGAAGGCUGGAGGUGGGAACUUGUCGGAGGAGGCAUCUACCUCAUAGAAAGAUUCUACCGCGAGAUCCGCUCCAGACGAGAAACCGAGAUCACCAAAGUAAUCCGCCAUCCAUACGACGCAAUGGAAAUCCAAUUUCGCAAACCAAGCAUGAACUACAAAGCCGGCCAAUGGCUCUUCCUCCAGGUCCCCGAAGUCUCCUCCACCCAAUGGCACCCUUUCACCAUCACCUCCUGCCCGUUCGACCCCUACAUUAGUGUGCACAUCCGGCAAGUCGGCGAUUUCACGCGCAGCCUAGGAGACGCACUCGGUUGCGGUCCCGCGCAGGCAAAAGAUCUCGAGGGUCUCGAUCCAAUGGGCAUGUACGAAGUGGCCCUCCAAAACGGACAGAUGAUGCCGAAACUGCGCAUCGAUGGACCCUACGGAGCGCCUGCGGAGGAUGUAUUCGAGAAUGAAAUCGCCGUGCUUAUCGGUACCGGGAUCGGUGUUACGCCGUGGGCGUCCAUAUUGAAGAAUAUCUGGCACUUGAGAUCAGCACCAAAUCCACCCCGCCGCCUCCGCCGUGUCGAAUUCAUCUGGGUCUGCAAAGACACCUCCUCCUUCGAAUGGUUCCAAGCGCUCCUCUCCUCGCUUGAAUCCCAAUCUGCCACCGCAGCCGCAUCCCAAGGAAGCGCCGAAUUCCUCCGCAUCCACACAUACCUAACACAACACCUCGACGACGACACCACCGCAAACAUCUACCUGAACUCCGUAGGUCAAGGCCUCGACCCUCUCACUGAGUUACGGAGUCGGACGAAUUUCGGACGUCCUGAUUUUGAACGACUGUUUACUGCGAUGAGGGAUGGAAUUGUUGAUCAGACGUAUAUGUCUGGGCUGAGUGGGAGUGCGAAGGGUCGUGGGGGUUCGGCGGAUAUUGGGGUUUAUUUUUGUGGACCGAAUAUGGCGGCUAGGGAGAUUCGUGAGGCAGCGAGGGGAUGUUCGAGUAGGGAGGUUAAGUUCAAGUUUUGGAAGGAGCACUUUUAG